CAGCUAUCCAAGCAGGAAGCAAAUGACAAGUUAAAAAGAAAGGAACCAACCGUAACCUGCUGAGGUUUCUUCAUUGGCCAAAAAUACGGCAAAAGCAACAAACGACGAUCUUUGAAGCGCCUUUCGAAGAUGCAGUCAGGUGACGGGCAGCGACGCCGACAUGUACGUUGAGCGGAGUGGACUCGCCGGAGCCCCCGACGGCGAGGAGGAGAGCGGCGGGGCCAGGUGCUCCACGCCCCUGCAGUCCCGAGUGGACUCGUACGAGGAGAUGCAGAAGAAGAAGUGCAUCUCGGACGUGAGGAGGACCUUCUGCCUCUUCGUGACGUUUGAUCUGUUGUUCAUCACAUUGCUGUGGAUCAUCGAGCUCAACGUGAACGGCGGGCUUCCCAAGCAGCUCAACCAAGAAGUCCUCCACUACAACUACCACGCAUCCUUCUUCGACAUCUUUCUUUUAGCCGUAUUCCGAUUCGCCGUCCUCAUCUUGGCCUACGCUGUCUGCAGGCUGACGCACUGGUGGGCGGUGGCUGUGACCACUGCAGUCAGCUGUGCCUUCCUCAUCGUCAAAGUGAUUUUAUCAAAGCUGUUGUCUCAGGGCGCUUUCGGCUACCUGUUGCCCAUCAUCUCCUUCGUGCUGGCCUGGAUGGAAACCUGGCUGCUGGACUUUAAGGUUCUUCCUCAAGAAAUGGAGGACGAAAACCGUUUCCAGUCCCUAUUGGACGCCAGCGCGCAACGAGCACCUUUUCUCCCCGGUCCGGUGUCCGACGGCCAGUUCUACUCUCCGCCCGAGUCGGUGGCAGACACAGAAGACGACCUAGAUGACAAACUGGGACUUAUUUAAGGGCUUGGCUAGCACUGAUGCUAAUGCUAACUCAUGCUAAGGGAAAAAGUUGCGACGGCCGCUCUAAAGGGAAAAUUUUGCCUUACGCUUCUAUAAUUGUGUGCUCGCAUGAGCUUUGUUAAAGUGAAGACAACGUUUUUGUGGCCAGUAUGAUGAUGAUCUCAAAGAUUAGACUUCUACAUGAUCUAAAAAAAAAAAAAAAAAAAAAACGGGAAGCCAACGCCUUUCAAAAUAAAAGUCUUUGAGUCAACUGAAGGUCCACUUGUCCUACUAGUCCUAAGGGGAGUUAUCAGGAUUUUAAGUCAUUGAUGGCAAUAGAAGUCUUCAUUGCCGUUAAUAUGGACAGCCACAUCACGUCACGUUUGGGAUCCUCUAAUAAGGGUCCAGUGGCGUCUCCAGAAAUUUUUCAUAGGGGUGGCCAGAUGGGGCCACUUAAAAUCUUGGGGUGGCACACCAAAACUAAAAGCCAUAAUUUCAGGUUUUCAUUAUAUUAUUGCAGUAAAUCGGUCAGGGGAAACUAUCAGAAAGACUUAAGGACAGGGCUACUGAUUAACUUUGUUGUAUUGUGUAAUAUUUGAUGUUACUAAUGAUUUAAUGUGCAUAGUCCUUAACUGUGCAGUCAACAUUUUGAGUUCCACAACAAUUCUGUUUUAUUAUGUUAUGUAUAUACAGUGGGGCAAAUAAGUAUUUAGUCAACCACUAAUUGUGCAAGUUCUCCCACUUGAAAAUAUUAGAGAGGCCUGUAAUUGUCAACAUGGUUAAACCUCAACCAUGACAGACAGAAUGUGGGGGGGAAAAAAACAGAAAAUCACGUUGUUUGAUUUUUAAAGAAUUUAUUUGCAGGCUUGGUUAUGCCUAAUACAGUGAGGCAA